AUGUUCACCCGCGGGAGACCGCUGCUCGGGGUGACGGUGCCGGCUGGAGCUGAUGCGUGGGGAGAUACGAGCGGCCACGAGACGGUGAAGGCAGAAGAAGAGGAGGAUCUCGUGUCAAACACGGAGGACGAAACGGAUGGUGACGACACGUAUGCAACGAAGUACACAAGAGUGAAGUUGGAGAAAGCAUCAGGCAAGUUCGGAGUGAAGAUCCUGAUCAAAGAAGGAGGAAAGCGUAGGCAACAGCGGCUGGGUGCAUACACAUUGGAGGAGGAGGCGGCGUAUGCCCGCAGAGAAGGCGAUGCUGCGUGGAUGCACCAAGGAAGAUCUGCAGCUCCUGGUGGAAGCGCGGAAGUGGUGGAGGUGGCGGAGCUAGCAGGAGGUGCGGGAGGGCGUGAACUGGAAGGUGAAACGAGGGAGGAAGCGAGUGGUUGCCACGCGCACGUCAAAGAGGCAGAGGGUGGUGGAUAG